AUUUAGAUCGGAACAAAUUGAAGAAUGAAAAUUUCACCCCCGAAAUCAUGAAAACAACAGAAUUAUUAAGUUCCUUUUAUGGAUCAUUAUCACGAGGACAAUUAAAUAAUACCUGGAGAGCGUACAGAGAACUUGAACGAAAGAAAGGGAAAUAUAAGAAAGAGAAAGAAGAAGAUUG